GUACAUAUCAAGCACUCGAUUAUAUCUUGCGUUAUCCUCUCAACUAAAGGCUUUCUUGCUAUUGAACCAUACCCGCUUCAAUUCGAGCCCUCUCUUGCAAGAUCUCUCCCGCCAUAAACGGGCAUACAAACUUAUCGAACAACCAUGAACGGCAUCUUCCCAGCCGACCUUGCUAUUUACAUCUUCUUCACCCCCAUAGUGUUGUAUGUUUACUGGUCGCAUCGAUGGAUCGGCUGGUUGCCUUGGAACAACAUUCUCGUCUUCUGUAUUAUCCGGAUAGUCGGAGGUGGUAUAGGCAUAAGCGAUAGUACUAGUAUCGCUGCGAACGUCAUUACUGCGGUCGGACUAUCCCCGUUGCUGUUGGCGGUUGACGGGCUGGUACACGAGGCUCGAUACUAUCGCCAUCCAGAGCACAAUGUGCUCCUCGGCCGCAUUGCGAUCAUUGUUGUUACGAGUGUGAUGGGCGCUGGCCUCGGCCUCAGCAUCGGAGGGUCAUUGAAAGUCUACCAGGGUCAAGCGCUGCCCAAAGACCUCUCACACUGGAAGGUGGGAGCGGGUUUGAUUGUCGCCGUUUGGGUAUUGAUAGUCAUAUGGGCGCUGCUCUCGCUUCAUCCGUCUCAGCAUCGGAAAAGCGCCCCGGGCUACAAGGACGGUACCAAGCUGAUGUACGGCGCUUUCGCUGCCCUCAUCUUCACCGGCGUUCGCGUUAUCUCCAACGUCGUCGCUGUAUGCACGCAGAGAAAGGAUCUCAGUUCUGUGUUUGGCACGAUGGCGGUCCGUGUCGUGCUAAUCUUCCUUCCUGAAGUACUUGCUGUGCUGUCGCUGCUCUUUGCUGGACUUUCGACUAGGAAUAUUCGGGCCCAUCAGAACGUAGGGGAGAAGCGGGAGACGAUGUCAGCUUGAGAGAGCGUAUGUAUUGUAGCGUAUAUGAAACCCGUAUAGAUUUGCAGGCUUCGUGCGAGGGGCUUCGUGAUACCCAUUAUUAUUUGCAUUCC